GAGAGAGAGAUCAUAGCGAGCUCCGUCAACUUGAGAGAGAGGAGAGUUGAAGCAAUCGUCACUGUGCAGCUAUAAAUAUCCCCCUUCCUCUCUUUCGCGCAAAAAUCUAGGGUUUCCAUCUCGAGAUCUCAGUGUUGUAGAGAGAGAGGAAGUUGUCGCUCGCUCUCUCUCUCUCUCUCUCUCUCUACGAAAAUGGCGUCCUCUGCUGCUCUCAGAUCUGCAGCUCCUCUCGCAGGAUCUCGCAAUCUCUUCCCCUCCUCCGAUUCGGCGUUUCGAGCUCCUCAAUCCCUCAAGGUAUCCUGCUAUGGUGCUAGUUCCAUCGUUUUUGGUUCUUCCAUUUUCCCAUUAGAAGUACCCUCCUCACAGAUAUCAAGUAACAGAAGCAUUCAGCCAAUCAAAGCCACAGCCACUGAGGCUCCUCCAGCUGUUCCAAGAUCAUCAAGUGGUGGAAAAACAAAGAUCGGCAUAAACGGCUUUGGUCGCAUUGGGAGGCUGGUCUUACGCAUAGCCACAACUAGAGAUGAUGUUGAAGUAGUUGCAGUUAAUGAUCCAUUCAUUGAUGCUAAGUACAUGGCAUAUAUGCUUAAAUAUGAUUCCACACAUGGGGUAUUCAAUGGAACCAUCAAAGUUGUUGAUGGCUCCGCAUUGGAGAUCAACGGAAAGACUGUUGUGGUUACAAGCAAAAGGGAUCCAGCUGAAAUUCCUUGGGGUGAUUUUGGUGCAGAAUAUGUUGUUGAAUCUUCUGGGGUUUUUACAACUGUGGAUAAGGCAUCAGCUCACUUGAAGGGUGGGGCCAAAAAGGUGGUGAUAUCAGCUCCAUCAGCUGAUGCCCCAAUGUUUGUUGUUGGUGUAAAUGAGAAGAAAUAUCAACCUGGCAUGAACGUUGUUUCAAAUGCAAGUUGUACUACUAAUUGUCUUGCCCCCCUAGCCAAGGUGGUCCAUGAGGAGUUUGGUAUUGUUGAAGGUCUUAUGACAACAGUUCAUGCAACAACAGCGACACAGAAGACUGUUGAUGGUCCCUCAAUGAAAGAUUGGAGAGGUGGACGUGGAGCUGGUCAAAAUAUUAUUCCCAGCUCAACGGGUGCGGCUAAGGCUGUUGGCAAAGUUCUACCUGAAUUGAAUGGGAAACUGACAGGCAUGGCCUUCCGUGUUCCCACGCCAAAUGUUUCUGUUGUUGACUUAACAUGCCGACUUGAAAAAAGUGCUUCUUAUAAUGAUGUUAAAGCUGCUAUCAAGUUUGCAUCAGAGGGUCAACUGAGAGGCAUACUUGGAUACACGGAUGAGGACGUAGUUUCAAGUGAUUUUGUUGGUGAUUCAAGAUCAAGCAUCUUUGACGCAAAGGCUGGCAUCGGACUGAGCUCUUCCUUCAUGAAGCUCGUCUCCUGGUACGAUAAUGAAUGGGGCUACAGCAACCGCGUCUUGGAUCUCAUCGAGCAUAUGGCCUUAGUGAGCGCCACCCGCUAAAUCAAGCUCGGGGGAUGAAGAAAAGCAAAGAAGCGUUGAUAUCUGCCAAUUUUUGCCAUUUUUAAUGGGUUUGGCCCGUUAGUCUUCUUACCAGAAAUAGAAAUAAAACACCCAGCAGCCAAUUCAACUGCUGUGAUUUGUAUGGACCAGAACACUGGCAAAUUCCAUUCAUAUUGAAACAAAGUAGUGUCUCUUUUGUGCGUUCUGCUGGAUAUUACUUUUGAUUGGUUGCAGAUGCGAGGCUCCUUAUUGUCUCCAAUUUGUAUUAGCAUUUGGACCUCUUGAACUCUAAAAAAAGUCAAUUUCUUUAAA